AUGGCGGCGCCCGCUGCCCGCCACACCCACCAUGGCGGCUCCACGCCCGUCCCCCCAAGAUGGCCGCCCUGCCCGGCCAAGGCGCCCGUCACCAAGAUGGCCGCCCGGGAGCGCCGCACAACAUGGCGGCCUUCUGAGAGGCGUGACAUCAUUUCCGGCCGCGGUGGCGGAAGCGCGCGAUGGGAGGAGAUGGACGGGGGCCGCCCGGGGGUGGCGGCGACGCUGCGGGCGCUGAACGGGGCCCUGGGGCGGCCCGCCGCGCUCUGGGUGAAGGAGAGCGGCGCCCGCAACCUGCGCCACCGGGACUUCCUGGCGCCGCGGGCCGCGCUGAGCGCCGCCUUUCCCGGCGGGCAGGUGCCCCCCGAGGCCGUGUCGGCGGUGCCGUCGCUGCGGGGCCCGGCGGUGCUGCCGCUGCGGGUCUGCCGGCAGACGGCGGCGGGGCUGGCGGUGCAGGUGCACCGGCCCGAGGCCUUCCAGCGCCUUCUGGGGGCUCUGCCCGGCCCGGCCGCCCCCGCCGCGGGGCCGCGCACGGGCUGCGUGGUGCUGCACUGCCCGGCCCUGCGCAGCAACCCCGCGGCCCUGCGGCCCCGCCACCUCCGCUCCGUCCUGCUGGCCGACCACCUGGCCCAGCUGCUGCGCGCCCAGGGGGUCCACGUGCGCCUGGUCCCUGCCCUCAGCGAGGAGAGGAGCUGGGACGUCCUGCGGCAGCUCCGCGUCUGCUGGCCCUCCGGCUCCGGCGGCUCGGCCCUCGCUGAUGCCAUCUCGGCCCUGAAGGCAGCGCUGGGCCGGUGCCCCUGUGCCGCAGCCUGUGAGCCGGGGCCAGGCACAGCCGAGGGUGUCAUCUCUAAGGUGCACCUGAAGAGCUUCGUGGAGCAGCAGGGCUUGUUGGGCUAUGACCCCAAUCUAGAUGUGCUUCUCGUGACAGAGAGGACACUGCGGUCCUUGGCUGAGCUGCAGGAAGCUGUUCUGCAGUGUCCAGCCAAAGGCCAGAGCAGUUGCUGCAGCAUCGUGCAUGUGGUGAACUGUGAGGAGGAAUUCCAGCAGCAGCAGCUGGAUGUGCUCUGGAGGAUUUUGGAUCCGGGAGCCCACACAGCUUUGCAGAAACACCUUGUCUGUGGGCCAGUGAAGGUGACCAACCCCUCAUCACCCAUUGGGGCAGACCAGUACUUCCAGCUCCGGAAGCACCAGAUGUAUGAGGCCUCCGUGAUCAAGUAUGGGGAGCUUGCACAAGAUGAGGCCUGGACAGAGGUGAUUGAUACCCUGACAGUGGCUGCCAUCAGGUUUGAGAUGCUGAGCACUGCUCACCGGAGUCAGAUCACCCUGGACCUGGAGAACAACAGCAUCUCCACGAAGGGAACAAAGAGUGGUGCCUUUGUGAUGUACAACUGUGCCCGGCUGGCCACGCUCUUCAGCACCUUCCAGCGGGCUGUGGAGCAGGGCACAUACCCACCUCUGCCACCAGUGUCUGAACUGAACUUCUCCUGCCUCCGAGAAGAGGGUGAAUGGCUCCUGCUCUUCAACUAUCUCCUGCCCUUCCCUGAAGUCCUGCAGCAGGCAGCACAGCUGCCCCCACCCUCCAAGGGGAUCCGGAUCACUGCCAGCACAGAGACAGUGUGCAAGUUCCUCAUCCAGCUCAGCAUGGAUUUCAGCUCCUACUACAACCGGGUGCACAUCCUGGGGGAGCCGUUCCCUCAUCUCUUUGACCAGAUGUUUGCUCGCCUCCAGCUGCUGGGAGCAGUGAGAGAUGUGUUCCACAGCGCCCUGGCAACCCUGCACCUCCCUCCCCUCAGCCAGAUCUGAGCCACCCCUGAAGAGCUGGACCAUGGUGGGACAGUCACCUACACACCACACCUUGGGGGGAGAACAGGGCACACUGUCCUGGCAGGGCAAGGGCUGCUCCAGUGGCAGGCAAGGCACAGUUCAGCCCCACGGAGGCAUUUCCCUUCCCAUGGUGUUUGGGGAUUGGUCUGUGCUCUCUGCAGCUGUGCCCAGUGUGGGACAUGGAUGCCCCUCCACAUCCACA